UUUAUAUAAGGGUGACUCCUUUCAUCUCAGCUGCGGGGAAAAAGGGGACUUCGCGGAGCCUUGAGGAGCCCAGAGGAGCUUGAGUGGAGCCGAGCCCCUGUCUCAGCUGGCUGUGGCUGAUUCAGCAGGGGAAUCUUCUGGAGAUGAUGGUAUUGAAGCUUUUUGGAAUCAUCUUUUUCUGUGGCCUCCUCUCGCCCUCUCAGGAAGUCUUGUCUGGUCUGUCCUGCGCUGUCAGUCCGAGGGCAUUGCAGAAUGUUCUCUCAGAUGCCAUAAUUCAUAACGGGCUUCUCCAGCAGCACCUGCAGGGCCUCGUGCUCCCCAACAUCAUGGGUGAAGGGGGUCUGCUGAACUCUCCCACCAGCAUCACGGGCCUGCACCUCGUCCAGGUCCGGCUGCCCAGGCUGUCGGUGGUGCUGCUGCCAGGGAUCGGGGUCCAGCUGACCAUCGGGGCAAAGCUGCAGCUCAGUGGCAAAUGCUUGGUUGGCCUGCUCUCAGAACUAAUUGAUAUCUUAGUGGAUGUGAACAUCACCGCGAACAUUAAAUGCACGAAUUUUGAAUCUGGCACGGUCCAGGUUGUCACUGAAGACUGCCUCUGCAUUCUUGGGGCCAUAAAGAUCAAGGUCCUUUCUGGCUUACUCACCCUGUCAGUGAAUGAGAUGGUGCUUCGCCAGCUGACAGCAACCCUGCCCGCUUUGCUCUGCCCUGUAGUCGACAUCGUGAUGAACCUCGUGAACAUCCAGCUCCUGGGCACUCUCAAUGCUGUCAUCCCAGUUGGCACGGCAGGAACGAUCCACUACCAGCUGGCCAGCAUCCCCUAUACCUCUGGCAAGUUCCUUGGGCUGGAUUUAGAUGGUGCGGUGAAGCAGGUGGGAGGCAUCACCAUCCCCCACGACUCAUCCCCCUCCGCUUUGCCCCCGCUGAUGGACAGGCUCCUGCUCCUGGUGUUGCGCCCGAGCUUCAUCAACGCCAUCCUGGCCCUCCUGCUCCGGAUGCCGCCGCAGACCUUCCCCUGCACGCCAGAUGUUUUCUCUGGUGCCACCCGUCUGCACGAGGCCCUGUGGACAGUUGCUCCUGCUGGGUGCUCCACCUGCCGUGGGACCAGUCCUCUGAACAUCAAGCUGACCCUGGGUGGGAACCCCCUCAUCCUCUUGGAAGAAAACAAAGCCAGUGUCGAGCUUUCAGUCCUGAUCCAUGUGUUCCUUAACCGCCUAGAUGGAUCCGUCCUCAACCUCCUGCUGCUGAAGGCUGACCUGGGUCUAAACGUCCGCGUGUCGAUCGUGGGGGGCAGGCUGGUGCUGCGGCUGGCCCUGCGCAGCACUUCCCUCUCCUUGGAGUCCUCUGAUGUUGGCAUCAGCAAUAUCUCAAUCCUGAAGCCCCACUGCAGCAGUUUGCUCACGGAAACAUUACUGCCUGUGAUGAAUGGUGCCCUGAGCAUCGGGAUCCCGCUGCCAAACGUGCUGGGCAUUCCCUUGGUAAAGGUGGAUGUUCAGAUAUUAGCGGGCCUGAUCGUGCUUCUGGUGUGAGCUGGGGAGCACAAGGCACGGGGGAGUCUGCGGGGACAGAGAGAGGAAGAGACCAGCGAGAACAGAGCACCAGGGCCAGCAUGAUCUGCUUUUCUUUCCUAAACUUGAUUCAAGAUUACUGAUAAUAUUUAAGACACUCUAAAGUGAACUGGCUUGUGUGAGUACAGCUACACUUGCAUCAGCCAAACCCAAUCGGCAGCUCUGUGUACAAAUAUUUAUUUAGAGAAGUUGGUGUGAUUUUGGGGUCACAGUCACAGCAGCUGCAUGUGAUGCUGCAGUGGAACUGGGAAAUUUGUUCUGAGGUCAAGCUCUUCCUGAUAGAAAGAAGAAGUGAACUUGUUGCAUGUGGCUUCCAAAGUGAAUCCAGUUUUGGGAGGGUGUGAAGUGC